AUGGACCAGCUCGGGAGUGAUAUGGUCGUCGAGCCUGAGUUCGACGAGAAGCAGGAUGUUGCCAUUAUCACCAACGACGGCGAUGACACCAUGGACGAGGUCGAUGGCGACGAUGAGCCCCGCGCCGACGAAUACGACGCCUUCUUCAAGAAGCACAUGCCCGAGCUACCAGAUCAGGAGACUGAAGCAGAGGCAUAUGACACAUGGGAAAUCAAAGACUGGCGAACGCUUACCAGGCGGGAGCAUGGCCCUGUCUUCGACUGCGGUGGCAUUCCCUGGCGCAUACUCUUCUUCCCCUUUGGCAACAAUGUCGAUUUCGCCUCCUUCUACCUCGAACAGGGCUAUGACGAGAAGAAGGUGCCCGAGGACUGGUACGCCUGUGUGCAGUUCAUGCUCGUCCUAUGGAACCCAAACGAUCCCUCCAUGUUCAUCACACACACCGCUACCCACCGCUUUACCGCCGAUGAGGGAGACUGGGGCUUCACACGCUUUGCUGAGCUUAGGAGGCUAUUCUCGGCUAGCUGGGACGAAAGAGGUCGGCCCAUGGUGGAGGAUAAUGCAGCAAACGUCACAGCUUACGUCCGAGUACUGAAAGACCCAACUGGCGUUCUGUGGCACAACUUCAUAAAUUACGACUCCAAAAAGGAAACCGGCAUGGUCGGGCUCAAGAAUCAGGGCGCUACCUGUUAUCUGAACUCCCUUUUACAGUCAUUAUUCUUCACCAAUGCUUUCCGACAGGCCGUCUACCAGAUACCGACCGAGAAAGAAGAGAACCGCACCGAUAGCGCAUUUGCUCUGCAGAGAUUAUUCUACCUCCUGCAAACGUCCAACACCGCUGUUGCGACUACUGAUUUGACACACUCCUUUGGAUGGGACUCGAAACAGAUCUUCGAGCAACAAGAUGUACAAGAGUUAUCGCGCGUACUCAUGGACAAGCUCGACGAGAAAAUGAAGGGAACGGAAGCCCAAGGUGCGCUCGAGCGGAUGUUCGUCGGGAAAAUGAAAACCUACAUAAGUUGUAUCAACGUAGCCUACGAAUCCUCGCGGAUGGAAGAGUUCUGGGACAUCCAGCUAAACGUCAGCGGCAACAAGAACCUCGACGACAGCUUCAAGGACUACAUCCAGGUCGAGACUAUGGACGGCGAUAACAAAUACCACGCCGAAGGACACGGUCUGCAAGAUGCGAAGAAGGGCGUCAUCUUCGAGUCGUUCCCACAGGUCCUCCAUCUUCAACUGAAACGCUUCGAAUAUGACAUACAACGCGACGCCAUGAUGAAAGUUAACGAUCGCUACGAGUUCCCUGAGAUUUGGGAUGCGGCGCCGUAUCUCUCCGAGACCGCCGACCGAUCGGAGCCCUGGAUCUACCACUUGCACGGCGUCCUGGUGCACAGCGGUGACCUCAAUGCCGGUCAUUACUAUGCAUUCUUGAAGCCCGAGAAAGAAGGUCACUUCUAUAAGUUCGAUGAUGACCGAGUUACACGAGCCACAAUCCCCGAAGCCCUGGAAGAGAACUUUGGUGGGGACUACACACAAGCUAACGGCAACAUUGGCCAGCGGAAUCCCUACACCCGGACUUGGUCGGCCAAACGCUCUAUGAGUGCCUACAUGCUGGUGUACAUCAGAGAGAGCCGGCUAGACGACAUGUUACUGCCCGGAAAGGAGGUGAAGGCCCCUCAGCAUCUUGCCGAACGUGUCGCCGAAGAAAAGGCAGCAUUUGAGCGAAGGCGGAAAGAGCGCGAAGAAGCGCAUCUGUACAUGGAGGUUGCCGUCGCCUCCGAACGAGAAUUCCGGCUCCACCAAGGUUUCGAUAUCGUGCCUUGGAAAGCUGAGACGGAAAGUGACGCAAACCCCAAGAUAUACCGUGUGCUCAAGGCGACCACCGUACUUGACUUCAUGAAUACGGUAGCUGAAGAUCUCGGAACGGAGGCUGACCUGCUUCGACCCUGGUCCAUGGUCAACAGACAGAACGGAACCACGCGUCCAGACGUGCCCAUAGGGUUCCUUGAGAUGUCCAUGGACCUAGCCUGUCAAAAGUACGGUACAAAAACAGCACCCAUGAGACUCUGGAUCGAGAAGACCGAUCAACGCGAUGACGACGGCAAACCCGUGUUCGGUGGUGACCUUAUCGACGCCAAGAACCAGCAAGGCAGCAAGACGUUGAUGCUCUUCCUCAAGCACUUCGAUGCCAAGAAUCAAAGUCUCUACGGAGUUGGCAACGUCUAUGCGUCAAGUCUCGAUAAGGUCGGCGAUUUGGGUCCGCAGAUUUGCAAGAUCUUGGGUUGGCCCGCAUCAACUCAAUUUCAACUUUCCGAGGAGAUCAAGCAGAACAUGAUAGAGGCUAUGAAACCCAAGGUUACUCUCGCUCAAUCAGAGAUCCAGGAUGGCGAUAUUAUCACCGUGCAGAAGACGUUGUUGGAUAAGGAGAUCACCCAAAUCACCGCGUCAGGAGGCUACGGUAACGCCAAAGACUUCUAUGAUUAUCUUCUCAACCGCAUCCAAGUCGAGUUCGCGCCCCGGUUAGGCGAAUCGACGCAGCUGCCAACCUUCACGUUGACCUUGAGCAAGAAGAUGACCUACGAGCAGUUUUCCACCAAGGUGGCCGAGCACCUGAAGAUUGAGCCUACGCACGUCCGUUUUACGACAGUCAAUACUGCAGGAAAGCCAAAGUCACAGAUCAAGUACUCACAGCAGGGCACUUUAAAUAGCAUUCUCUUUCCGGGACCGUAUGCAUAUGGCGGCAACACGAUGCUCAGGUCGGAUCAGCUGUUCUACGAGGUACUAGAUAUGAGUUUGAAGGAACUGGAGCAAAGAAAGGCCCUGAACAUUACGUGGUUGCCGGAAGGCUUGACUAAAGAGGAGCAAUAUCAGUUGAUGAUCCCGCGAAAUGCCACUAUAGCCGAUGUUCUGGAAGCUCUACAGAAGAAGGCUAACAUAAGCGAUGAGGUCAUGGGGAAAGUGCGCGUAUUCGAAGCCCACAACAACAAAUUUUACAAGUCACUCAGCGCUGACUUCCAAGUCAUGGGCAUUGGCGAGUACCUGCAGCUUUACGCUGCGGCGUUCCCUGAUGACGAUUCAGCCAAGAAAAUCACCGUAUUCCACUAUGACAAGGAUGUUUCGAAGGUUCAUGGCAUUCCUUUCCAAUUAUCCCUCAAGGAGGGAGAGACCUUCAGCGAUACCAAGCAACGACUCUCAGACUUCACCAAGAUCAAAGGCAAGCAAUUUGAUAAAAUCAAGUUUUCUCUGGUCUCGAGGGCGACGUAUUCAAGACCAGAGCCAGUUGAAGAUGACGAGAUCUUGUGGGAUUUGAUAGGUGAUAGGGAUGAUAUAGCAAUCGGUCUGGACCACGCCAACAAGUCGCGGAGCUUCUGGGGCAAGUCUGAUUCCAUCUUCAUUCGAUGA